UUCUGAAGAAGACACGCCACAUAGGAGACGGGAGGUUUGUUUACGUUACGUGCAGCUGCGCAGCUCGCUGGACUCGGUGCUUUAGAUGCGGGUUUCUCGGUAGCUGUGCGCGUGGCCUGGAUGUUCCCCGCGCAGUGACCAAGAUGAGGCGCUGCCUGGCUCCGGGGCUGCUGGCCGUCCUGGCCCGGGCCUGGCUCUCCCUCGCCUCCUUCCCUGACGGCCGCCUGGACGCGGCCGACCGAGGCGCUUUCCAGCCACAGAGCGCCUUGGCGGACAUGGACUUCGCCUCCGUCGGCUCCUACCGAGGCCCGGGGAACAGCGACCAGCGCAGCAACAGAGAGCUGCCCAUCCUGCUGUGGUGGAGCGGGGGAUUGUUCCCACAUUUCCCGGGUGACACGGAGCGAAUCGACUGUGCCAAGUCCUCCUGUCUGGCCACCAGCAACCGCAAGGUGCAGCGCUACAGGCGCACUGCCUCCAUCAUCUUCUAUGGAACAGACUUCCGGGCCUAUGAGGCGCCGCUGCCGCGUCUGCGUCACCAGACGUGGGCGCUGUUUCACGAAGAGUCUCCCAUGAACAACUUUGUCCUGUCGCACGCGCCCGGCAUCCGGCUGUUCAACUACACGGCCACCUUCCGCCGGGAGUCGGACUAUCCACUGAGCCUGCAGUGGCUGCCGUCGCUCAGCUACCUGCUGCAGCCCGCCGCCCUGUCGCUGCAGCACAAGAACCAGCUGCGCAGGGAGGGUCUGGCGCCGGUGCUGUACCUGCAGUCGCACUGCGACGUCCCCUCCGACCGAGACCGAUACGUCCGGGAGCUCAUGAAGCACAUCCAGGUGGAUUCUUAUGGGAAGUGUUUGAACAACCGACCUCUCCCUGCUCACCUGGAGGACACGUCCACAGCCACGGGCGAGGAGCAGAGCUUCAUGAGCUUUGUCGCGCGCUACAAGUUCCACCUGGCGCUGGAGAACGCUGUGUGUCCGGACUACAUGACGGAGAAGCUGUGGCGCCCGCUGCACCAGGGCUGCGUGCCCGUGUAUCGGGGCUCCCCGUCCGUGGCCGACUGGAUGCCCAAUGACCACUCCGUCAUCGUCAUCGACGACUUUGCAUCGCCGAAAGCUCUGGCCGAUUUCCUGACCUUCCUGGAUCAGAACGAUGUGGAAUACUCCAGAUAUUUGGAGUUCAAAAACCCAGAGUUGGUCACCAACACGCGGCUGCUGGAGGCCCUGCACAGCCGCGAGUGGGGCGUCAACGACAUGAGCAAACCCAACUACUUGAAUGGAUUCGAGUGUUUUGUUUGCGACCAGGAGAACGAACGACUGGCCAAGGAGCGGCGCCCUCCUCAGGCCAGGAUGGCUAACAACGCUCACAUGGGAUGCCCUCUGCCCACGCCAGGCUUCGGAGACGUGCAGGACUUGCCAUCAGAUGACCCAUGGCUCCACAUUUGGCCGCAGGAUUACUGGCAGAGCCUGGACCAAGCAGAGGGCCUGGAUUCCCUGAUAAGACACAACGAGUCGGACCCUUCGCUCCUGUGGAGACACAUGCAGAAGAUGGCGGUGGCCAGAGCCAGAAGGAAGCCGUGACGCAGGUCCUAGAGGAUGGACAGCGCUGGCGAUGAGGAGGCAGCGACCCAAGCAACAGACGGGAAGACGCUCAGGUUCAGUGUGGCGAACGAUGAGAACAGAAGGACAUCAUUGAACGUCUAAAUGAAAUUCUUGUCAGAAGUAAUGCUAAAACAUUUUCACAUGAUUUGUCCUUUGUUGCAACAAGAGCAAAGUCCUGCAGAUCAUUGGAGCAUGUUGAGUCAGAGCAACUGGAUUGAGCCGAGGAUUCUAAUGCACUUUGCUGCGCGGUGCUAACAUUAUGCAUGUGGUGCAGCGGAGCCCGGUCCUCUUCGCUGAUCUGCCUCUCUAGCUGUGCGAGAGCAGCAGGACAGGAGCCACUUCCUUCCUGUGGCUCUGCACGGAGCUGAUGAUAAUCGCUGAAGACAAAUCUCUCUUGAUGACUGAUUGACACCAAACUAAAUUGUGAUCUGAAUUUGAAUUGUGUCUCUUGAAAAGCCAGAGACUCUCAGCACUGCGCCUUGGACCUGCUGCACAGAUCCUAAUGUUCUGUUCUAAACUGUGUGCAGUUUUUCAAGACUCUUUCUACAGAGUUUGUAUGCUUUUAUUUUGUCAAAUCUGAAGAAGAGUUGUGUAAAAAGUCAUUUUGUAACCAAAGUAUUAAAAGCUUUUGCUGUCAUCCCUCCUCCAUGUGCU